ACGCCCAACCUUUCUCCGCCUUGUCCGAAAACGCGACCAAGCAGCAGCCACCGCGGGGCGCGGCAGUGUCUCCCCGCCCUCGCAGUCUCGCCGCCGCCGAAGCCCCUUGCUCCCGUUCUCCGCGCGCCAGAUCGACACAUCCCUCGAUCUCAGCCACCGCCAUCGCUGGCGCCGGCUCCGCGGCGCCCAAUUCCUCAAACCCUAGAGCCAAAUCCCCCAUUUGGCCGCGCCUAACAGAGUCGGAUUUACUCGGCGCUGGCUGGUGCACUGCUCCUCCGCAUGUCGCACCGCGUGUACACAUGAACUCGUCCAUGGACGAGAUCAAUCUGCUACGGCAGCAUCAGCGACACCAGCAGCACCACCUGUCGGUGCGCGGCAUCGGUGAGGAGAUCGACCUCGAGAUCGACCAGUGUGAAGAUCCCACUUUCUCCGGCGCCGCACUCGAGGGCGUGACCUCCCACCACCCUCAAGACCCCAUCGUCACAGCGGAUGACCACAAGAGCUUCCUCAUCCCGUGCUCGCAGCCUGGCGGAGUGGACGGCCAACCGCAGCCCACGCCACCGCAAGCAGAGGAACGGGCGGGGAUGCCGAGGCUGUCUUCGCAUACCAAGAAGAAGAAGAAGGUGGUCAAGAAAUGGCGGGAUGAGUGGGCAGACACAUACAAGUGGGCCUAUGUGGCCGUGCACGACAACACCAGCAGAAUCUUCUGCACUGUCUGCAAGGAGUAUGGCCGCAAGCAUCGCCGGAACCCCUAUGGGAACGAGGGGAGCAGGAACAUGCAGAUGAGUGCGCUGGAGGAGCACAACAAUAGCUUGCUGCAUAAGGAGGCGCUCCGACUGCAGUCAGCCUCCAAGGAGAAGGUGCAACUGCAAACUCCUGAAAUAGAGAGGCCGGUUUAUGUCAAAGCUUUGUCGAAAACAGCAGCUUCAAUACUUGAAUCUCUCUUCAAGAAGGACCCUCAUGAAGCUGAAUUUAUACAGUCUAUACAGGAGGUGGUUCAUUCUAUAGAACCAGUUUUGGUGAAGAACUCACAAUAUGUUCAGAUAUUGGAGCGUUUAUUAGAACCUGAGAGAUGUUUUAUCUUUAGAGUGCCAUGGGUUGAUGACAGAGGUGAAGUUCAUGUCAAUCGAGGUUUCCGUGUGCAGUUCAGUCAGGCUUUAGGUCCAUGCAGAGGUGGUCUCCGUUUCCACCCUUCGAUGAACUUAAGUGUGGCAAAGUUUCUAGCUUUUGAGCAGACUCUGAAGAAUGCUCUGUCACUAUAUAAACUUGGAGGUGCUGCUGGAGGGAGUGAUUUUGAUCCAAAGGGUAAAAGUGAAGUUGAGGUAAUGCGCUUUUGUCAAAGUUUUAUGGAUGAGCUGUAUAGAUACUUGGGCCCUGAUCAGGAUUUUCCUGCUGAAGAUGUUGGUGUUGGUCCAAGGGAAAUGGGUUUCCUUUUUGGGCAGUACAGACGCCUUUCUGGUCAUUUUCAGGGAAAUUUUACAGGGCCUAAGAUCUUCUGGUCUGGUUCUAGUUUUAGAACAGAAGCUACUGGAUACGGGCUGGUAUUUUUUGCACGUGUUGUACUUGCUGAUAUGAACAAGGAGCUCAAAGGAUUAAGAUGUGCGAUAAGUGGUUCCGGAAAGAUAGCAAUGCAUGUCUUGGAAAAGCUUCUGUCGUGUGAAGCUAUUCCUGUUACAGUCUCGGAUUCAGAAGGCUAUCUAUUUGAUGGAGACGGGUUUGAUUAUGUGAAAUAUACACUUAUAAGGAAUAUUAAGGCACAGCAAAGGAGCCUCAAGGAGUACUUGAAAACAUUUCCACGUGCCAAAUAUAUAAAUGAUGCUAAGCCAUGGGGUGAGCAGUGUGAUAUUGCAUUCCCUUGUGCAUCACAAAAUGAGAUUGACCAGGGGGAGGCUCUUUCAAUAAUUAGCUCUGGUUGCCGUGUUCUUGUAGAAUGUUCAAACAUGCCAUGCACUGGUCAAGCAGUUGAUAUCCUAAGAAAGGCCAAAGUCCAUGUUGCUCCAGCAAAGGCAACUGCUGCUGGUGGGGUAGCGGUCGGUGAACUUGAACUGAAUCCAGAGUUCAGUUUAAUGCAGUGGUCAGUAGAGGAUUUCGAGAACAAAAUACAGGAGGCAGUAAAGCAAACAUAUGACAGGUCGAUGAAAGCUGCUCAAGAAUAUGGUAUCCUGAAAGAGAACCCAGAGUCUUUGGUGCAUGGUGCAAACAUAUCUGCCUUUCUGAACAUUGCACAAGCCAUGACUGAUCAAGGAUGUGUGUAGUUAAGCGUUUUUGUUCUGUCAAGAAGCAGAAUUUGACAUCCCUGCAGCCAUGAUCUCCCGUUGGAAACUGUGGUUGCUGCAGCUGUUCGACGUUUAUUGGUAGCCUCCCUCACAGAUCACCAUUUUACGUUUAUUGGUAGCCUCCCUCACAGUUCAAUUCUAUGUUUAGGCCUUGUCAAAGAUUUCCUCUGGUAUGAAGGAAAAGCUUAGAUCUAUUUAGAGUAUAGAAGGGCUUCCAGUGGUAGAUCCCCCAUGUAUUUAUUCAUUACUGCCAACAUCAAUGCUUGAAGAAGGAAGUAUUUUGUGUGUGCGAA